UGGACUUGGAGAAAGGAUUUUUUUUUGUAUUUUUGCGUUUUUUUGGAAGGUUACCUGAGCCAUGUCGGCAUUGCGUGUCACACAAAGGCGAUUCCAUAAAGGGCCAUUGUCGGACUGACCAUUGACCAGUGAAACGCGAAACCCCGCUUCCCCCUUUCUUUCCCAUCAGACCCAACGAAGAAAGAAAAGCUAAAUAAGCCUCAGUUCAUUUCCACUGGACCCACACGGAGCUGCACAGAGGUGAAGAGUGCAAGCGAGCACUGCCAAAAAAGCGCCUAUAUUCUUACAUUUUUGCAAGAGAAUCUCACGCUCUGGGCCAGGUGGAAAGUUAAAAUACGCGCGGCCGCUAGGCCUCAUAAUGUCUGUCGGUGAAUGAUCUGUUUUCUUUUUUUUUUUGGCACGUGCUCCAUCCUCUGCGUAACGCGCUUUAAAUCGGAUUUCAGCGCAUUUUAAGCAGCUUGUCCCUUCUCAGCUUGUUCAAGCCAAAGAAGGAUGGAGUGAUGGAAGGAUGGUGUUGGAUGAAUAUCUGGCAUCACCGGUUCCUCCGAGCCGCUGAAGAGGACUGAAACUCGACCUCCAGCUCCUAAUCUGCAGAUUUACACAGGGGUAUAUAGGUAGAUUACAGCGAACACGAACCGGAUGCUGGAAACGCGCUCUCCCGAACACCUGACCAGACGUCUCAUACCAUUUGAAUUAGUGCUGUUGGAUUGCAGAGCAAAAUGGUGGAGCACAGCGGGCCCGAUGUGAAGUUUGUGAACAAGUACUGUCCCAGUUCGUCCUCUUCGUCUUCCACCUCCUCCUCCACUUCUUCCUCCUCUUCCUCUGCGCGCGAGAUGAAGGUUUUGGCCACGCUGCGCGGCAGCCUGAGCCGGAAGUACCCGCAGAAGAACGGCGAGGUGCUGAGCGCGCAGUACGGCAUCAACCUGUUGCUCGUGGGCCUCGCGCUCAUGCUGGCGCUCGCGUACCAGGGACCGACCGUGACCGAGGAGACGGUGCUGGCUUUCCUCUCCACGCUCAUGCUCAUGCAGCUGCUGUGGAUGAUCUGCUACGUGGCGCGACUGGAGCGCAAGCGCGAUGCGCCGCCGGAGAGAGACGCGAACGCCGCCACCAGCUGGAUCAGAGGUGGUCUGACUCUGCUCGCUCUGCUCUCACUCAUCACAGAUGCCUUCCGUGUCGGGAACUUUGUCGGUUAUCAGGAGUGUGUGUCUCCGGUGCUUGGCGUCUACCCGGUUGUACACGCACUUCACACAGUGUCGCAGGUUCAUUUUCUCUGGUUUCACGUUAAAGAUGUCAUCAAGCGUUAUGAAACGUUUGAGAGGUUUGGCGUGAUUCAUGCUGUAUUCACUAACCUGCUGGUUUGGAGUAAUGGAGUGAUGACUGAAGCCGAACAUGCUCUCAAUGACCACAAGAGACGAUUAUCAGCAGUCGGAUACUUCAACUUUACUGUCGGGGAGGCCACUCAGCCUGACUGUAACUGUACAACCAGUGCGUGUUCGAUGUUCAGCAGCAGUCUGUACUAUCUCUGUCCUUUCAACAUCGAGUACCACAUCUUAGUCUCUGUGCUGCUCUUCGUCAUGUGGAAAAAUGUUGGCCGCACUCUCGACCAACGCACCAAUCAGAAGCCUGCAUCAUCUUCACCAUUGCUAAAAAGCUCAGGAGACGGACCUUUCCUGCUGCUCGGCCCGGCCCUCGGGCUCUUGGCACUUGCCAGUGCCAUCACGGUGCUCGUUAUCUACAUCAUCCACGUGGAGGAGUCACUGGAGGCACGCCAUGCAGCCAUCUCCAUGUUCUACUGGUUUGGAAUCGUCAUUUUGGCAUGCAUGAGUGUCGCCGGUGCUGUCGGAUUGGUCAUCUAUCGCCUCGAGGAUUGGCCCAUGGACACUGCGCCAAAUCCAGCCAGGACACUCGAUUCUAAGCUGCUGCUCGGCUCUUCCAUUGGCUCCUGGCUUGUCUGCUGGUGCAGUGUCAUCGCAGUGGGUGGGGCCACAAAUUCACCCAUCUACCGAUGGGCCAAUUUAGGAUACGCCAUACUUUUAGUUUUGGAGAAGUGCGUGCAAAAUCUGUUCGUUGUCGAGUCGCUUUACAGGAGACGACGUGAGCCUGAAGAGCGGCCCGCCCUUUGCGCCAACCAUAACUCCAUCCUAAGCCCAAGUCAAGGAAAUGAGAAAAUCUUUGCCGUGUAUGAUGGUAUCAUUAACCAUGCGUACGAGUCACCAGAUAAACACUGUGAGAACGAAAAGCAAACUUACGGCAGGAACAACGGGAAUGUUUCGCAUUCUCGUGGACAAGGAAUUUCAGAGACUCCCAACAGAAAGCGACAGGUCCUGAAAAAUAUCGCCAUCUUCCUGUUCAUGUGCAACAUUUCGCUCUGGAUCCUGCCUGCAUUUGGAUGCCGGCCACAGUUUGAUAACGGUUUGGAGGAAGCAUCAUUCGGAUUCCCCAUCUGGAGCACGGUGCUGAAUUUCGCCCUUCCCAUGAGCCUCUUCUACCGCAUGCACUCUGUUGCCGUUCUCUUCGAAGUUUUCCGGAAAAUUUAGGCCCCACUUCCGUACCUGUGUGGUGUUUCUUUUGCACGCAGUAAUGAUGAUUCCCUCCAUUGAGUUCUCUGAACCAGGGUUACCUUCUUUUUAACAUUUUUUGUUUCCUCAAAAAGGAGAAAAAAUGCCUUUAUCUCUUUCAUUUUGAUUGCACAAAAGAAAGAGCGAUUGGAGUUUAUUGCUACAAGACAGAAAUAAGUGGUCUUUUGCCUUUCCUCCUCUGUGAUUAGACAAAAGCAAGAGAUUUCAGCCACUAGGGGUUGCAAGAGAUUUCUCUCCACUAGAGGUUGCACAACUCUUCAUUUUUACUAAUCAACCAGGAAUUCAAAAAAAACUAGUCGACUAGUCGUCUUUUCCCUAGUUAAAGCAGCAACUGAUUCAGAUCAUCGCUACUUCAUUAGUGAACUUAAAUGCUGAUUAAAAAAAAAUAGCCAAGCACCAUUAAACUGCACUUCAUUUAACAGCCAUGUACAGGCUAAAUAUUACAUUUAUAGCUUCAAUGUUUAUUUAGGCUAUGCUGUUAACUAAAAAAGUAAACAAAUCAGUGCAAUAAAUGUGCCAAAUAAUAAAUCUGUGUAUCAUAUUACAAUAUUUUACAACCGUUAGAGACUUCAACAUAGAACACAUAGAACUAGAGGUGUGCAUCGUGAAUUCGUGACACGCGAGCAGGGGUCAGAAAAGAAGUUCGUGGAAUAUAGAAAAGACACGUUGAUUGAGGUGUGUAGUCGUGGCGCGGUGCUUGUGCAGUGCUGAGCUAUGUGUUAACCAUGGCUGGUGUAAACUGGAGCAGAGUUGUGCAUCGGGACUGGGAUCCUACCAGACCCAGCUAAAAAAAAGUCGCAGGAGUGGGCGGUUUCUACUUUCUUGCAAGUGGGAAGUGGGCGGACAGAUAUGAACCUUGUGAGACAAAGAAAGGGCUUCAUCCUUCAUCUUCAGUAACUGCUUUAUCCUAUAAAAUAAAAUAUUUAUAUUUUGACAAGUAGCCUAAUAGAACCAACUUUUGUUUAGUUUGACAAUAAUAUUUGCAGAAGUGGGCGGAAUUGGUCAGCAUUCCUUCGAGAACAGGCAGGAAUGGAAUUUUUAAAAAAAACAAGUCCCACAUACACCUCUAAACUGGGUUUUACUCAUUCAUUUAUUCGUUUACCUUUUACAUUAUAUUUUUGGAAAUAUGAAGUUCGUUAGAAAAUAUCUAAUGUGGGUACGUACAAAUAAAAAUAACUGCAGGAUCGGGAGGGAGUGGUCAGAAUUCCUUCGGGAGUGGGCGGGAUUUAAAAAACAGUCCUGCACACUGCUCUGCGUUUAACCAUAAAAGUGAAUUGAAAGUAAUAACGUCCCAAUAAAUUCAAAGAAAAGAUUUUUUUUUUUAAAAAAAUAGUCUUCCACAAUGUGCGAAAGGAUAAGUCAACUAGUCAACUAUGCAACCCCAACUGUCUUCUGUGUUUGGAUGGGAAGCACAGCUCUUGGCUUCUCUCUCCUAUGAUUGGCUGAAAUUGUUUAAUAUUCUAUCCAUGACUGGAAGAAAAGCAUAACUAUUGGCUUUCUCGCCACUGUAAUAUGAUUUCACUUUACUGUGAUUAAACAGAAUGUCAUUUUCACCUUCCCCUCGUGAAUGGACAAAAAAAAGAACUGCUAUUGGAUUUCUUUUCAUUAUGAUUAGAUAAAAGCAAACGCUUGCUUUCUCUCUAUAGUAGUUAUACCAAAAGAAGAUUUUUUUUUUAUUAUUAUUUCUCUUCACUGCAUUGUGAUUGGUCAGAAAGCCAUUUGUUCCAUCUUCUGCCCAUUGUGAUUGAACUGAAAGAUGAGAUCUUGACCUUUACGUCUAUUGGACAGAAGACAAGCCUUUGACCUUCUCCCUAAUGUAAUCAGAUGGAUGACAAACCUUCUUUUUUAAUCGCUUUCCCUACUUUGACUGGAUGGAAAGAAAGGCUUUCUGCUUUUAUCCCACUGUGUUUAGACAGAAUGAAGAGCAUGUGGUUUUCCUCCUCGCUCUGAAUGGACAGUGAGAAGAAUUCUGAAUUUCUCAGAUGGAUGAGCUGGCUACAGGGACAGUCACACUCUCCGUGAGCUGAUGUUUCACAUAUUCAGCACUUUCAGAGACUCGGACACACUCCGUAACACACUCCUCAAACACUUCUCAGCUCCACAGGUGCUCUUAUUUUCUCUCAGAGCGUGUUUGUUGGUGCUAACUCUAACACGCAAAACGCCGGCUUCAGGUUAGCAACGACCAGCGAAGGACA